UUCGCAUGAACUUGAGGUGUGAAUUCUUAACAAAACGUUAAAAGAUGUGAUCCUUGAGUUUAGGUAUUUCAUCAAAUAGAUGUGCUUACAAUUCAGUCGGGAUUAGUUAGUGAAAACUGUGAGUAGGGACAUCAAAACAACCGAGAAUUAGAUGGAGAAGAGCGAAAGGGGAAAGGGGAAGCAUAAUGAAUACAAGGCUCACUGCCUCUUGCUACCAUUACCAGCGCAAGGCCACAUAAACCCCAUUCUCCAAUUCUCCAAGCGCUUAGAAGCCAAAGGGGUGAAAAUCACCAUAGCCAUCACCAACUUCAUGCUCAAAACCUUACAAGACUUCUCAAUCAGUAGCCCCCAUGUGUCCAUCCAAACCAUCUCCGACGGCUUCGACGAGGAAGCCUAUCCCGACGCGCUAAUCUCCCAAGUCUACUUACAAAACCUCCGCCGCGUGGGCUCUCAAACGUUAGCCCAACUUCUCCGCCGCCUCCGUGUCGGGCGUUUUCCGGUUAGCUGCGUCGUUUAUGACUCGUUCCUCCCUUGGGCUCUGGACGUGGCGAAGGAGGAGAGGGUUAUGGGGGCCUGUUUCUUUACUCAGCCGUGCGCUGUGGAUGCGGUUUACUAUUACGUCCAUGAGGGCCUGAUUGAGCUUCCCCUUGGUGAAAACCAGGUUAUUCGAAUUCCCGGGGUGCCGGAGUUAGAGCCCGGAGAUGCUCCUUCGUUUGUGUUUGCGCCGGAAUCCUACCCAGCCGUCCUGGAAAUGCUUGUGAAUCAAUUCUCCAAUGUGGAGAAGGCUGAUUGGAUCCUCAUCAACACCAUUUAUGAGCUUGAGCACAAGAUAAUUGAUUGGAUGGGGAAGUUAUGGGCGGUGAGGACGGUUGGGCCAACUAUACCAUCAGCCUACCUUGACAAUCGCCUGCCGGACGAUAGAGAAUACGAUCUUAGCAUGUUUAAACCAAUGACUGAGAUUUGCAUGAAAUGGUUAGAUGAUCAACAAGACAAGUCCGUCAUUUAUGUAUCAUUUGGAAGUCUUGUAAGUUUACAAGGACAACAAAUGGAGGAAUUGGCAUGGGGUUUGUGGAAGAGCAAUAAACCCUUCUUAUGGAUUGUGAGAUCCACCGAGGAAGCGAAUAAGCUUCCCGAGAAUUUUGUUGGGAUGGCAACGGAGGAAGGCAGAGGACUGGUGGUAACGUGGUGCCCACAGUUGCAAGUCUUGGCGCAUCGAUCGUUAGGGUGCUUUGUAACGCAUUGCGGGUGGAACUCGACGUUAGAAGCGAUUAGUCUGGGAGUCCCGAUGGUGGCUGUGCCCCAAUGGUCGGACCAAAUCACCAAUGCGAAACUCGUGAUGGAUGCGUGGAAAAUUGGGGUUAGGGUGAAGUUAGACGAGAAAGGUGUGGCUAAGAGAGAGGAGAUGGAAGAGUGUAUAAGGAGGGUGAUGGGGGAAGAAGAAAUGAGAGCAAAUAUGAACAAGUGGAAGCAAGUUUGUAGAGAGGCAAUGGAGGAAGGGGGUAGUUCGGACCGCAAUAUUCAAGACUUUGUUUCUUGUUUAGUUUCCAAAUCUAUGACCAAUUAAAAGCAAUAUCCAAGACUAAUUAGUUUUAUGUUUGAUUGCCAAAUAAACAUGAAAUUUGUUUGUUUAAAUGAAGUGCAAGUUUAUCAUUUGUAUAACAUGCACAAAACGUUUUGAGUCUAGUUUAAUGCAUGGUAGUGUAACUUAAUUUGUA